UCUCUCUCUGGGACCAGGGGCAGGACUUCUUUCCAACACUGAGUAGAGGAAACUAAAGUACCGGGGAGAGGAAAGGAGACCCUUUUCCCUUCUGCAAAAAUUCAACUAAGAAGAUUUAUCCCCCCCUUCUUCUUUGGCUGUGAAGAUGCUCCAGUGCGUGCAGAGCAUGCUGUCACUUUCGUUCCUGGUGACGUUCGCCGCCUGCGACGCUCCUCCGGUACCGUUAGACGACCUCGUCAUUGAGAAGACGUUCGUUCCUGAGCAAUGCGUGCGCGCGGUCAAAGUGGGGGACUACGUCAGGUAUCACUACAUCGGCAUGUUCCCGGACGGGAAAAAGUUCGAUUCGAGCUAUGAUCGUGGAAGCACCUACAAUGUGUUUGUUGGCAAGAAGCAGCUGAUUGAAGGGAUGGAUAGAGCCUUGGUGGGGAUGUGCGUCAAUGAGAGGAGAUUGAUCAAGAUCCCGCCUCAGCUGGCUUAUGGAAAGCAAGGAUAUGGUGAAAUCAUCCCUCCAGACUCCAUCCUCCACUUCGAUGUUCUGCUGCUGGAUGUGUGGAACCCGGAGGACGGCGUGCAGAUCAACACUUACUACAAACCCUCUGACUGCUCCAGGAAGGUGGAGGUUUCUGACUUUGUCCGGUAUCACUAUAACGGCACCCUGCUGGACGGAACCCUCUUUGAUUCCAGUCACACCCGUAUGCGAACCUACGACACCUACGUGGGGAUCGGCUGGCUGAUCGCCGGCAUGGACCAGGGGCUGCUGGGGAUGUGUGUUGGAGAGCGGCGCAUCAUCACGAUGCCACCGUCUCUGGGUUAUGGAGAGAAUGGAGACGGCAGCGACAUCCCAGGACAGGCGUCCCUGGUGUUUGAUGUGGUCCUCCUGGACCUUCACAAUCCCAAAGACGGGAUCACAGUGACCAAUCAGGCCAUUCCUGAACCCUGCGCCAGAAAGACUGUCGCUGGGGACUUUGUGCGGUACCACUACAACGGGAGUCUGCUAGAUGGGACCUUUUUUGAUUCAAGCUAUUCUAGAAACCGAACGUACGACACCUACGUGGGCCGAGGAUAUGUGAUUGCAGGCAUGGAUGAGGCUCUGAUCGGAGUCUGUGUCGGAGAGAGACGCAGCAUCACUAUCCCUCCACACUUGGGCUAUGGAGAGGAGGGCACAGGCACUAAAAUCCCUGGCUCAGCUGUGCUGGUGUUCGACAUUCACAUCAUUGACUUUCACAACCCGUCAGACAAAACCGAUGUGACCACUUUCAAGCCUGAAGUGUGUGAAAAGCUCACCAGGAAGGGAGACUUUGUGAAAUAUCACUAUAACGCCUCUUUGAUGGAUGCAACGCCUAUUGACUCCACGUAUAACUAUGGAAAAACAUACAACAUCGUCCUGGGAGCCAACCAGGUGGUGCCUGGAAUGGAGGAUGGCUUGUUGGACAUGUGUGUGGGAGAGAAAAGGCACAUUGUUAUUCCACCUCACCUUGGAUACGGGGAGAGAGGAGUCACUGGUGAGGUACCAGGCAGUGCUGUGCUGGUGUUUGACAUCGAGUUGAUUGACGUGGAGGAGGGACUUCCUGAGGGCUACAUGUUUAUCUGGAACGACGAGGUUUCCCCCGACCUCUUUUUGGAGAUGGACAAAAACAAAGACGGCCAAGUGGAGGCUUCUGAGUUCACCGACUACAUCAUGCAGCAGGUGAGCGACGGGAAAGGCCGCCUGGCUCCCGGCUUCGAUCCUUAUCGGAUCAUUGACAACAUGUUCAACAACCAGGAUCGAAACGGAGACAGAAAGAUCACAGAGGAAGAGUUCAAGCUCAAAACGGAUGAGGCUGCUAAUCAUGAUGAACUAUGAUGGGACUAGGUGUUCUUUAAAAUAAAAAGCUGUGGGUUUAGGAACAACAAAAUAAGAGCAGAUUGUUUGAGAAGUAUGGAUUUUUUUUUAUUCUGAUCGACAUCCUAAAGAUCAGGAAAGGUUUAGGAAAAUAUUUUAAGUUAAUACAAGGACUGUGAUGAUAAUGAAUGAUAUUUUUUACCUCCUUGUUCAUCCAGUCCUUGUUUUUUUACUUUUACUUUUUUUGUUUGAAGGGUAUAAAACACUCAUGUUUGAGAUAACAAACCAGUGUCUCCAUCUUCAGUAUUCCUUUCCUUAAUUUAAUAGUUAAAUUUGAUUUCAGUGUCAUUUUUGUUCAUUUGGCCACCACUGAUUUUUGCUGAAAAAGGAAUAAGUUUUGUUUUUUAGUUAAAAUAAUGAACAUGACACUGGAGGGUUCAGGGUCAUUCCAUGCUUUGUUUGCUUUUUCACUCCUUUUAAUCCCACAUUCCUUGUUUUUAUCUCUUGAAAAAUGUAACAUUUAGUUUAAAAUGUUGUUUUUAUGUGUAUGUGUUAAAGUUUUGGAGAUAAAGAGAAAGAAAUGCUUUUGUA